CCCCACCCCCGGAGCACCGAGGAUGUGACCCUCUGGCGAUGCCCGGCUGCGCCGUGCCCGCCGCCAGGCCGGCGGCACAGGAUGGAGCCCUUCCUGCCCUCCCCGUGGGGCUGGAACGGCUCUAGAGGGGGGUCCCGGCCCCCCAACGGCAGCGCCGAGGCCAAGCCCAAGGACACGGCCUCCAAGUCGGUGGGGCUGUUCUUCAUGGUGCUGCUGGACCUCACGGCCAUCGUGGGCAACGCCGCCGUCAUGACGGUCAUCGCCAAGACGCCGGCGCUGCGCAAGUUCGUCUUCGUGUUCCACCUGUGCCUGGUGGAUUUCCUGGCUGCCCUGACGCUGAUGCCGCUGGAGAUGCUGUCGGGCUCGGCCGUGUUCGAGAGCCCGGGGCUGGGCGAGGCCGUGUGCCGCGUCUACCUGUUCCUCAGCGUCUGCCUCACCUCCAUGUGCAUCCUCUCCAUCUCCACCGUCAACGUGGAGCGCUACUACUACGUGGUGCACCCGCUGCGCUACGAGGUGCGGAUGACGGCGGGGCUGGUGGCCGGAGUGCUGGCCGGCGUGUGGCUCAAGGCUGUGGCCACCUCGCUGGUGCCGGUGCUGGGCUGGUUGUCCCCCGAGGGGGGCCGCCCGCCGGCGCCCGGCGCUCACGGCUGCUCCUUGCAGUGGAGCCGCGGGCCAUCCUGCAAGGUCUUUGUGGUCUUCUUCGCCGCCUUCUACUUCGUCCUGCCCCUCCUCAUCAUCGUCGUGGUCUACUGCGGCAUGUUCAAGGUGGCGCGGGUGGCGGCCAUGCACCACGGCCCGCCGCCCACCUGGAUGGAGACGCCGCGCCGGCGCUCGGCGUCCCUCAGCAGCCGCUCCACCAUGGUCACCACCUCGGGCGCUCCUCGGACCACCCCGCAGAGGAUGUUUGGCGGGGGCAAGGCGGCCGUCGUGCUGCUGGCCGUGGGCGGCCAGUUCCUCUUCUGCUGGUUGCCCUACUUCUCCUUCCAGCUGUACACAGCGCUGAGCACUCGGCCCUUGGCCGGGCCGGCGGCCGAGACUGUGGUCACCUGGCUGGGGUUCUGCUGCUUCACCUCCAACCCCUUCUUCUACGGCUGCCUCAACCGGCAGAUCCGGGGGCUGCCGAGCCGCGAGGGCUCCAUCGAGGAGAACUUCCUGCAGUUCCUCCAGAGCACCGGGCGCCCACCAGCGCCCCCGAGCCCCGAGCGGGACCUGCCCCCCGUGGAUUUCCGCAUCCCGGGGCAGAUCGAGGAGGAGGCGGCGGAGGGGAUGGAGUGGGGCGGGGGCAGCGGGGUGCUCGUGCCCGUGGCGGGCUCUGCCAAAGCGGGGCUGUAG